AUGGUCACCUUCCGCCACCCUGUUGUCACCCUCUCGCAUGGACCCGGUCCACUCUGGUUACUUUCCUCAGGGUUUGCCGGCUUGGAUAAGAAUAGUGAGUCUGCACGCCAGUUAACAACUAUAUUCGACAAGCUUUAUCCGAAGAAAAGUAACCUUCCCAAGCGAAUUUUGUAUGUAUCUGCCCAUUGGGAUUCCGAGAGUGAUGGCUUCGAGAUUUCGUCCGCUGCCAAUCCCAACAUGAUAUUUGAUUAUCAUGGCUUCUCUGACGAAGCCUAUCAGGUAAAGUACCCGGCCAAAGGUGAUCCCGAGUUUGCUCAAAAAGUCAAGAAGCAUCUCGAGAAGAAUCAUAUCAAAGCUAAGCUUGUUGAUCGUGGAUUCGAUCACGGCGUGUUUGUGCCAAUGGUUUUAAUUCGUCCAGAGGCCGACAUUCCUAUUGUUACAAUGUCCAUAAACUUGCGUCUGAGCAAUAAAGCGCAUUUUGACCUAGGCAAGGCAAUUGCACACUUCCGCAAUGAUGAUACUCUCAUCUUGUGCUCCGGUCAGGCCACGCAUAAUUUGCGUGCAAGUUGCGAUCUAAAGCACACACCAGUUGAAUGGGCUGCUCAAUUUCAAGGUUGGCUUGAUAGCACUUUUACAUCUGAGUUGAGCUAUGGUCAACGUCACGACCAGAUCAUUAACUGGUCUGUAGCUCCUGCUGCAAAACUCGCGCAUCCGACACCUGACCAUUUUAUUCCAUUCGUUGUUGGCGCUGGUGCUGGCAUGGAAGAAAGCAAAUCAGAAGCUGAAAAGUUAUUUGGUGGUUGGGGAAUGGGUCACAUGUCGUUUGCCACUUAUGCUUGGGGAAUCGAUUGUUAA